AUGGAGUCGGCUACUUCCCGCAAGACCGCCGUGAUCAUAAUUGACGUCCAAAAUGGCUUUCUCCACCCGACGCACUGGGGCACAAGUCGCAGCACCCCUGACUGCGAGAGAAACAUCUACCGCCUACUAGUAGCAGCCAGGAGGCACAAUGCAAAGCUGCAAACAACCCAAGAACCUGUUGACAAGUCGGUCUUGAUCUGCCACGUACAUCACCACAGUAUCAAUUUUGGCUCAGCACUGCAUCCCCAAAAGAAGAUCGAAGUUGGGGGUCAACUUGUUGCCUCGGUCGAUCCACAAGCUGAAAUGAUUCCACUAAAAGACGAGAGUGUGUGGGUUAAGAAUGUCAACUCGGCCUUCAUUGGCACCGGGCUGGAGGCAUUUUUGCGGCAGCAACAAGUCAGGCAGCUGGUCAUAUGUGGUCUUACGACCGACCACUGCGUUAGCACAAGCACCCGAAUGGCGAAUAACUUACGAAUUGUUGACAUCACGAGCGGAGAUGGAGACGUGGUAGAGGAAGGAGGCAUUGUGCUUGUGGGUGACGCAUGUGCGACCUAUGCGAAAGGAGGGUUCGAUGCGGAGACUGUCCACAAGGUCAGUCUUGCGAGCCUGAAUGAAGAGUUUGCACACGUGGUAGCCUCCUCAGAAGUUAUGGACAAGAUAUUCGCAAUAUGA